AUGGAGCCUUCUUCUGCGUCUCCACGCGAGAGAAGCGGCUCAUUCUCUUCCUUAGAUGCAGAUAUAUCUCCUAAUCCGCCUUCUGCUCCGAUUACGCCGCAUUUGGACCCUCAACAGCCUCAUGAACGACGACAAAAGCGUUCAUUAGGCACGUCAUCGUCUCUCACGGACGCUGUCGGCGCCAACCUACUCAUGCAACUCAUCCCAAUCCACUGGGACGGACCUGCACACAAGAAAGGCGACUGGCUGCCGCGCUGGGACGACGUGUAUCUAAGUCUGGACGGCGCUACGUUGCGUGUGUUCGAGUCUCGCGGCCGCUUUCUCGAAGCUCAGGAGCAGGAGCAACAGCAAAUGCAACAGGACGGCAACUGUACAGUAGUAAGCGACAAGAAGCAUAGCUACACAGUCACAUCUGUGGAGAAAGAGAACGUGGGACGUCCCCACGGCUUCUACGUUAAAACCAAGGAGAAGAGCAAGUCGCUCCACCUCACAGUGGACAGUGAGUUGGAGAGAGUAUUGUGGAUUCAUCUACUCGGUGCAGUAGUAGAACAGGUACAGAAUGUGUUGCCAAAGGCACAGCGGAGACUCAAGACAAUGGGUUCAAAAAUUGACACGUCCCCACGGAAGACUCUACCGCUAUCUACCCCACGACGACCGAGGAUACAGACGCUAACACUACUAGGAACGUCUGUGAGUGUGGAAUUAAACAUGUUCUACGACGCUUGGGGCUGUAUUCAAGCACGGAAAGGCAACUUCGCGUUGCUGAUGCCGAGUUUCCACCCCAACAUCACGUUGACGUCGAAUUAUCCUCCUAGCGUUCCUAUUGCAGGCGAGUAUCACGGGCUUUCUGGCGUGCUGGCGUUCUUUUCCAACUUACAUGGCUCGAUGGACGUAUCGCACUAUGGCGUCGAGCAUGUGGCACGUCGAGGAGAUCUAGCUGUGGUCUCUGGUCGAGAGACGAUACGAAGUGCCGAGAGUGGACGACGCUUUCGACACUUGUGGAAACAUGAGCUGCGCUUUGAAGCCGACGGACGUAUCAGUCAUAUUAAUAUUCUAGCGGACAAGACGGCAGCUGCUGUAGCGUUCGCAUAUGGCGGAGGUAGUGGCGCCGGUCCAGUGAUGGGCGAGGCCACAGGCCCGACGCUGGCUGCUCUUCCACGUGAGCGGGAACAACAAGCCAGUACGUGUCCACCCGGGGAGAUUCGUGUGGUUUGUAUAUCUGGCGAGAGCUUGAGGAGACGAAAACCCACGACAAGUGGCGGCAGUGGAUACAAGAUUAUCAUUGGGCUAAACGAGUUCCCACACCUCACGACAAAAGUCCCAGCUUCGAAAAACACAAGCAGCACGAGUAGCAGAGACGUGACGACUACCAGUACGGACGGGUUGAGUCGUGUUGGCUCGUGGAAGGCGUAUUCGACGCGUGUGGUGAAGAGCAGUGGCGGUAAAGGACCAUUCUGGGCUGAGACGUUGCACUUGGAGUUCUCUGGCGCUGUUCCUGGCUCAACAGCGAGUCUGUGUAUCGAUGUGUGGAGUUUUGGUGUGCUUGGAGACGAACUAGUUGGCUGUGCUAAAGUGAACUUGGCGGAUUAUUUGGGGUCGUCCGAGGGCACUGAAGAGCAGAUCGCGUCUGUGGCGGUACCCAAGUGGUUUGACAUCUAUCGCGCAGAGACGUUUGAGAAAGGUACACGAGCUGGAGAAUCCCAAAGCUGUGGACGUCUGGAGCUUAGUAUCAGCUUUGCACCGUAUACAGAGGAAGACGAUUCAAUGGGCGAAGAUGACGAUGUGAGUAUGAGUGAGGAAGGAGAACACUCUGGUAGUAGUACACCGAUCCAAGGACGAACACCGAGACAUCGCAAGAGCUUUGAUCGACUACAGGAGCUACACAAGGAGACAGGUCAGAACCGACGAGUGUCGGAACGCUUUUCACUUGCAGCAAGUGACGGACCUGGCGGAUUUGAGCUCGUGGAGGCGGAUGGUGUUGACAAACAGGACAAAAACUCGUCGUCCGAAGAGGAAGAAAUGUACACGUUCACGGUGGCGUCCACCAAGUUCCGUGUGUACAGGAGAUACCAGUUGAUUCGAGCCAUCGGCCACGGCGCGUACGGAGUGGUGAUUGCAGCUAGCGACCAAGUGACUGGCAACUCGGUGGCUAUCAAGAACAUCCCGCGUACGUUCGAUGAUCUGGUGGAUGCCAAAAGGAUAGUGCGUGAGAUCCGACUCAUGCGGCAUCUGCGUCAUCCUCACGUUGUGUCGGUGCUGGACGUGAUGCGUCCUCCCUUACUCGUCACGUUCGAGGACACGUACAUCGUCACAGACCUCAUGGAGACGGAUUUACAUCGCGUCAUCAACUCUCCCGAGCCGCUUUCGAGUGAUCACAUUGCCUUUAUCACGUACCAAUUGCUAUGUGGUCUACGCUACGUCCACUCGGCUCAUAUCAUCCAUCGCGAUGUCAAGCCGUCGAACGUGCUGAUUAAUCGCGACUGCUUAGUUAAACUCUGUGACUUUGGACUGGCACGAGGCAUUGACAUCCGUCCAGGUACACCAAGUAGUUCAGACGGGAACACGACGCCUAGUAGUCAAGAUGGCGAGCCGUCAUUGGACGAAGCAUUGACAGAGUAUGUGGUGACACGCUGGUAUCGAGCCCCGGAGCUUCUACUUGCUAGUCGGUACUCUACGGCGAUUGAUCUCUGGGCGGUGGGUUGUAUCGUAGCCGAGAUGUUUACGCGUAAAGCGCUCUUCCCAGGACAUGACCACGUACAUCAGUUGCAUUUGAUCCUGCAACUUGUAGGCAGUCCGCCACCGAACGACAUGGGGUUUGUCACCAACAUGAAGGCCAAGCGCUGGAUGGCACGUCAGCAAGAACACGAGGCUAAGCCUCUGAACACGGUGUGUCCGAAUGCCCCCACUGAAGCUCUGGAUUUGAUGACCAAGCUACUGCAGUUCGACCCUCGCAAGCGAAUCUCAGUAGACGAAGCCCUUGGCCACCCGUUCCUGGCCCCUUGUCGAGCGGAUGGCGUUGAGAUGGACUCGGAGCGUCUGGCAGAUAGCGCGUUUGACUUUUCGUUCGAACGAGAGAACAAAGGCAACUUGGACAAGAACACAUUGCGACGACUUAUCUUUGAAGAUGUUUGCCACUUCCACCCGGAAGCCACAGCGGAGUUGGAGCAGUUUAAACAGGAACAGGAACGAUUGAAGCAACUAGAGGAGGAAAAGUGGAGGAAAGAGGAAGAAACGCAGGCGAAAGCCAAGACAAGAUCAGGAAAGAGCUGGGCAGUCAGCGUCUAA